UCAUUAUGUGAUCAGCUGAGUCGUAUGUGCACUUUGCGAGUCUCCGUUUUAACCAAGACACCAGGACUUUUUCAUUCGAGCAGGUGAUGUGGUGCUGAACGGUCCACUCUUUGCAGCACUUGACGAAUUCUACCAGCUAUUCGCACCCAAGAAAAUUACUUAUCUCGUUGCAGCCAAGAGUUUUUUAAGUCAACUUAUUUUUAACAACUAGCUUAUAGAAGCAAGAAAUGGAUUCCCGCCAUAUUGCCAUUUUAGUUUUGGCCAUCUUUAUCUCAACUGUGGCGCUCGCAUCUGGAGUAGAUGUAACUGUAGCGGCACCUCCAUCUACCAAUACUUCUGUUGCUGCAAAUACCGCGACCACAGCGCCUUCCACAUCAAUUAAAGAUACGAAUGUGCAUGCGGUUGGAAGUGAUCCUUCCGCGAUUGAAUCGGUACUACCAAUUGAACCUGCAUCAUCUACGGGUAAACUAAACAAAACGACAGAAUCUUCUGCUACAUCUUCUACAACCGCGGCCUUGAACGGAGAGACAACGAAAGAGGUGGUUUUAACCACGUUAAAGCCUACGGAGGUAUCGACUGCAAGUACCUCAGCUGCUCCUACUUCUAGCAGCACCGAUUCCACAAAAUCGACUCAAAUUGUGAAUGAUCAUGCAAUUCGUGACGUCUCGUCUGAAAAGUGUUCGGCAGCUUACAAUGCUGCAAAUAAGGUCAACUGGGUCCCAGAGAAGGCCAUUCUCGCCGUUUUAGAGGGAAAUGCAGUCGUCACCGUCGAUCUGCUCUGCGAACAGUGGGAUGUUAUCAAGCAGUUGGACGCUAAUUGCACCAACACAAAAGUUAAAUUGGAUGCGGAUGAUAUUAAGGUCGCUCCUAUUGUUGCAGGCCUGAACUCAAUGUUUUCAGCCAUCUGUUCUGAUAAAAAAACUUUCAAUGUGCCUGCCGGAAAUUCAAUUCCUUGCGUUGAAUUGAUUCAAUCGACCACCAAGAAUUGUUCAACUAAUUCUCUUGCUAAAGCCGUUUUCCCAACUGAGGUGCUUCUUGAAGAGAUGGUGAAAGAGGACUGCACGGUGGUAUUGAAAACCAAGGAAUGUUUUAUCAGCGGUCUUGGACAGUCGGAUAAGUGUACUGAACGCCAGCGAGAGGCAGUGAAAAAAGCGAUUAAUAUGGUGACACAGGGUCUGCCAUGCAGUCUCCCUAUUUCUACAGAGAAAACACCAGACGCAUCUACUGAAGCCCCGUCCGUUACCACUACUACUUCCCCUACAACCACUACUACCCCUCCAACCACUACUACCCCUACAGUCACUACCACCAAGUCACAUUCUCAUAGUUCCGCGAAUGGUUUCCAGGUUAAUUUUUUCACCGUUCUUCCAGUCUUAUUACUGGUUUUCAAGUUUUAUUAAGUUCAGAAAUUUUCCAAGGAAAUUCUUUUAAGCAAAACUUCGAUCCUAUCCUUAGUUCUUUUUUUGCGUUUGAGUUUGAUUAACUUUAAUAAUUUCAAAGAACGUUAUUUGGUGAUGUAAAAAAAAUGUAUUUUUGUCCGGAUGUAUUCUUAAUUUUUCAUCGUGCAUUUCAAUAGCACCACAUACUGUAUAAGAUUGCACUAUUGCACGCAGAGGAACCUCUAACUUAGCUCCGUUUCAAUCAUGUAUAAUAUUUCGAAAUGUGUUAAUUACCGUGUCGUUAAUGUACGGAACCAAAUAAAUCGAAAGGUAAGACUAA